AGAUCAAACUGCUUUCUGUGUUAAUUUGCAUAUUCAUGAGUUAAGGCUAUAUUUGGUGGAACUGUUAAACAACUGCACUGGUGGGAGGAACUUGGAAGUCUUCAGUUUACGCAAUAGUGUGCCUGAGCAACAUAAAACACACUGCUCUACACCCUUCCUGAAAACAUCAUUCGCUCUGAGCUCGGAAAUCCAGAGCCUAGGGCAGAACAAAGAGAUUCGGUCAAACCUAGGAAGAGAAAACUGCUCAAUUAGCUGUAAAAAUGCCACCACCUCGUGUGAACAGAAUAGCCAGGGAUGAACAGCCCAAAGACAGAACGGGCACUCUUGACAUCCCUUUGAAAUUCUUGGAUCAGGACUACCAGGAGUUGAAGAAGAGCUGCCUCACCAAUAAAAGGAGAUUUGUUGAUGAGAAGUUCCCUUCAGACAGCAGCUCCAUUGACCCAAAGAAGAAACUUGGAUUGGAUAUGGAAGAAAUCAAAUGGUUGAGGCCAUCGAAAAUAGUGGCAGACCCUCAACUCAUUGUUAAGGGGGUUUCCAGGUUUGACUAUUCCCAAGGAUCUUAUUUAGGAAACUGCUGGUUUCUUGCUUCAGUUGGAGCUUUAACCUUUCAGGAGGAUGUCAUGGACCAGGUCAUGCCAGAUGGCCAGUCAUUUGGUGAAGAUUAUGCAGGGAUAUUUUACUUUAGAUUCUGGAGGUUUGGGAAAUGGAUUGACGUCGUCAUUGAUGACAAACUGCCAACAAUCGAUGGCAAGCUCAUUUUUGUUCAUUCAAAAACAUCUAAUGAGUUUUGGCCUGCCUUGCUGGAGAAAGCUUAUGCCAAGGUGUGCGGCUCCUAUGCUGACAUGGAUGCUGGUUUUAUGUCUGAGGCGCUGUUGGACUUCACUGGUGGCGUCCACAUGUACUAUGAAACAGCAAAAACUUCUAUUGAUUUGUGGAGCCUGAUGAACCGUGCAGAAAAAGCAAAGGCUCUGAUGGCCUGUGGCACCUUUGUGGGGAAAACAUCUGCAAACACAGUAUUACCCAAUGGCAUCGUUCAAGGCCAUGCAUAUACAGUGACUGGGGUUUACAAGGUAACCUGCCAGAAAAAAUCAGUUCAGCUGGUGAGAGUGUUGAACCCUUGGGGAGAAGGCGAGUGGACCGGUGACUGGAGUGACAAGUCAUCGUUGUGGGACAAAGUGAGUGAGAAGGAGAAAUCCAGAUGUCGUUCUUUGGCCAAUGACGGAGAGUUCUGGAUGUCAAUGGAGGACUUCAUCAAAAACUUUGAAGACAUUGAUAUUUGCUGCCUCAGUCCCGAUUUUCUGGACAGUUCCUCUGAAUGCAGAUGGACUUCCACAUGUUACAAAGACAGCUGGGUUGAUGGGACUACAGCUGGUGGCUGCCUCAAUAAUAAAGACUCUUUCUGGACGAACCCUCAGUUUCGGGUGAAGAUUGAGGAGCUUGAUAAGGAAUGUAGUGGUCAGUGCCCUGAAAACAUUCUGGUGUCCCUCAUGCAGAACCAUGAGAAGAGAAACAGAAGUGAAGUUUCUAACCACUACAUCGGCUUCUAUGUUUUUGCGAUUCCACCACAGAUGAAAGAUGUGAAGCUCCCGGACAAAUUCUUCGACGGCAAACGCCCCAUUGCUAGUAAGAAAUGUGUCAAUGCAAGACAUGUGAUGAAAUUCUUCAAGCUUGAACCAGGAGAGUAUCUCAUUGUACCAUCCACUUUCAAUCCUAAAGAGAGUGCAAAAUUCAUAUUGUCCAUUUUCUCAAAGAGUGAAUCCCAUAGGAGAAAUAAGAAACCUUAGAUGACCGUAUGAGAUGACCUAUCAGUGAAACUCCAGAUAAAUGAAAAAUCAGGACUGCAGUGCUGACAGUUUCAUAAAUCAGUUUUAUAUUUCAUGGGGAUUUUUGUUUACAAGCAUUAAUGUUUCUCUUAACCCUCUGGGGUCUAAGUUGUUUUUGGGGUCCUUGAGAUGUUCUGACAUGCCCUGACAUUUGUCCUUUUUAGUUGCUUAUAAACAGAAUGGCACAGGUGAAAUUGCUCUAUUUAGCACAAACAGGGCUACCAUAAUCUGUGAGCAAAAUGUAUGUACAUGUUUGUAUUUUCGAGAGAAUAUUGUUUAUGCAUGGUUAUUGAAAAAAAAUAAACAUGAAAGUUUCUGAAUUAAAUUCCAAUCAAUUCUCAAAGGAUGAAAUCAA